AGAAAACGAGUAGAGAAUAUAUAUAUAUACUUACUCGCCGGAAAAAUACACAUAUAUAAAUUUACGUAAGAAAUUGCCUAUAAACAAGAGAGGAGGGUCGUGAGAGGUCUAGGAAUAUUUCCCAAUAAAUUCCAGACCGAUUCGUAGUCACCGGAGCAUCCUAGAGGUCACCGGAGUUGCAAGCCAAGGAAAUGGGUCUUCAGCAAGUGCGGAAAUUUGGCCGUAGAUAGGGGUGGCGGAGCUUCUCCUCGACGUCAGGAUCAUUUUGCAACUUGAAUCGUUUAAAUCCGUUACCUAAGAAGAAUUCAAGUGAAGAUCAAGCUAGAGAUUUUAUUAAGGAGAUUAUCGCAAUUUAAGAUGAUUAUGAUUAUGAAGAUUGAUGUACUUGCUGCCCGAGUGUUCCGCUAGUUGCACACGUUUGAUUAAUUAUUGUUGUUUAAAAUUGUAAUCCAUAAACUUGUUUUAAGUUUUAUCCGAUGGCUACUUGAAUUUAUGGUGGAUAGCCUGUGCACUCAAUCAUGUAUAGGUUGAGUGUGGCGGUGACACACCUGUUUUUCCAUUAAAGACUUCCGCUGUACUCUAAAUAUGUUUUAUAAUAAAGAUGUUUUCAUUUCAAAAUGUUAUUUUAUUUUGGUGGGAAAAAUGGGGGUGUUACAAGUUGGUAUCAGAGCCUUAGGUUUUCCAAAGGGAUUAGAACACGAGGUAAUAGGUUGUAUGGAGAAAUUCUGUCACCAAGACGAUAAGAGUCUAAGGCUGUUGGUUCUUAAUUGAGCCUUUGCGCUCGUCCAACUACCUGGGAAUUUCUCCUUGUGCUGAAACUUCGUCGUUCGAAAUCGUUGAAGGAAACCUUUGAAAUUGUACCUUCAAAAGGGAGAUUUUCAAAUAUUUUUAAAAUUAGGAAAGAUAAUAUAGCUAGGAAAUGGCCUUUUAGGAACGUGGUGAGGACCUUGUGAGUAUUUAUUUUCCUUACAUGUAUCAUGUAUGUGAUAAUUAUGCUAAUUGUGGGCCCAUAUGAGAAAUGGGAACCCCAAAUGCUAAAUGGAAUGCCUCAUAAGGCAAAAUUCCUAAGUGGCUAAGGUAUGUACAAACAUUAUGUGCGAAAGUGAUCUUAUGUGAAGUAUGAAUCCUCUGUAUGAUUGUUAUGUACAUUUUUAUAUAUUCUUGUUACAUAGCCUAUGGAAUCCUUAGUUGAACUAGGAUCCUUAGGAGUAAAAUAUAGAAAUUCUUACACGAAUACUUUGUGUCAUCAAGAUAUCAUGGCACCAAGAAGAGACCCUGAUAACACGCCCACCAAUGCUGAGUUGGCACAAAGCGUUCAGCAACUGGCACAAUUUAUGCACACACUGGGUGCUACUGUGCUCCAGAACAACCAAAACCAGAACAACGGGAAUGAUGCCGCAAAACGAGUGGCAUCUCGCAACCCUCCAAGCUUUCAUGGGCAAGAAGAUCCUCGUAUCCUCGAGAAUUGGCUCCGACUCUUUGACAAACUCUUCGACGCGGUGAGCUGUCCGGAAGAGCAAAGGGUUGACAUUGCUGUUUACUAUUUACAGCAAGAGGCAGAUAACUGGUGGGUCUCAUCAGGCCCAACUUUACGUCAACAACCUGACUUCAAUUGGGAAGCUUUCAAGAUUGCCAUGAGGAAACGUUUUUAUCCUGCACACGUUCAGGCCACCAUGCGUGAUGAAUUCAUACAUUUGAAACAGAUGGGCAUGAGUGUCCAGGAAUAUCACAAUAAAUUCGUGGACCUCGCGCCAUUUGCGAAAACAAUAGUGCCUGAUGAAAGCACCAAAGUUGAGAAAUUUAUCUACGGAUUAAACUAUGAUACGCAGAAAAUCGUCGCUGUUUUGGGUUGCCAAACUCUGACUGAAGCUUAUGAUAGAGCUGCAGUUCACUAUCGAGUUCAGCAACUACAAAGAGAGAGGAACCAGAAGAUGAAGAGGGACGAAGAUGGAGGUCGAGGAGAAAAGAGGGUCAGAGUGCAACCACCUACACAGCAACAAGAAGGGAGGAGGAGGAGAGAUGACCAAGGUGGAAGAAAUUUCCACGGUCAAAACCAACAAAAUGAUCGAAGAGUUGCUCCCAGAGAUAGACACUUCUACUGCAAGAGGUGCGGGAGAGAUCAUCCUGGUGUUAAUUGCGAUGGAAGCCUGACAAAAUGUUUCAAUUGUGGGAAGCUAGGGCACCGAACCUUCGAGUGUCUCUCAAAGACCAAUGGGGCACCAGUGCACCAGGUGCAAUACCGUGAUGGAGGAAGGCCAGAUAUGAACCAAGCUGGGCCAAAUGGAGGACAAAAUAACAACAAUGCCGCCGCCAACAACAACCGCAACCCUCGAGGAGGAGGGGAGAAUAAUCAUGGCAAUGGCAAUGGCGGGAACAAUGGCAACGGCGGAAACAACGGCAACCGUCCGAACCAAGGGCGAAUCAUGGUGAUGAAUCAGGCCCAAGCCAAUGCUAAUGAUGUGGUUUCAGAAGAAGAAUUCAAGUGAAGAUCAAGCUAGAGAUUUUAUUAAGGAGAUUAUCGCAAUUUAAGAUGAUUAUGAUUAUGAAGAUUGAUGUACUUGCUGCCCGAGUGUUCCGCUAGUUGCACACGUUUGAUUAAUUAUUGUUGUUUAAAAUUGUAAUCCAUAAACUUGUUUUAAGUUUUAUCCGAUGGCUACUUGAAUUUAUGGUGGAUAGCCUGUGCACUCAAUCAUGUAUAGGUUGAGUGUGGCGGUGACACACCUGUUUUUCCAUUAAAGACUUCCGCUGUACUCUAAAUAUGUUUUAUAA